AUGCACAAACUCGGCUGGAAAUUCACGAGGAGACGCGGACGCUUUGAAUCCAAACCUCCGGCGCAGCUUGCCGCACAAGUGACACUGGCCAACGCCACGAAAGCAGCUAAAUACGGCGAGGCUAUAGACACCAGCCGAUUCCAAAUACCCCCGUGGGACCGUAGCGUUGAAGUCUCUUGGACCAGGCAGCCUCCGGCCACAGAUACUGAGGACUCGGCGGGCGAGGCGGCGUUUGAGGGAAACCUGAUCCGUCUGGCGAGCCACAGACUCCAAGUAGAGGGUAACUCGCCAACUCCCACAACUAGAAGCACGCAGGAAGGCCAUGUCACAGGCCGCGUGGACCAGACCGCUCAAUCAAAGAAAAGAAUCGCAAACGCCAAAAGCGUCUAUUUCCAGCUUCCCAAUGCCGUGCGGUUCAAGAUUACGAAGUACAUCGUCCAGAGCUACAGCCACCACGAUCAUGACAGGCCCAUCCGCAUGAACAAGCGGUCAUUUCUCCGGCCAUGUUGGCCGGUGGACGAGCCGAGACCGGGCCAGAGCUCUCCAACAGACUCGUUCGAGAGCUUGGAGAGCGUUCUGGGCUCGCUGCAUAACUACAUGUCUGUCUGCUCCGCCAUGCGGGCCGACGUGCUGGCAACCCUGUUCCUGACCCGCCGCUUCCACGUCGUCUACGCGCUCGGCGUGACGGAGACCCUGCAGCCAGCGGCUACCAGGUACAUGGAUAUGUACGGCCCGCUGAUGUCGUCGAUCACGCUCGAGGUGGACUUCACCAAACUCGGCGGGAGCUGGCAGCCCGAGGCCGCCAAUCUCAACGCCCUGAUCGGGCUGGCCAACGUCAAAACGCUGGUGGACAGAUUCGUAACCAGCCAACUAACGCGCCCAGCAUCCAAUCCACUUCGCGACCUCCGCCUGCUCGUGAGGCGGUACUACGGCCUCCGCCCUGAUGCACCCCCGCCGCCUCGUCACAGCACCCCACCCGCAACCAACUCCGCACCCAGCAGACGCAGACGAAGACAACCGCCCGCCUCCUCCCGACAAGAAUUACAAUCAGAUCCGGAAUCAACAGCCUACACCCCCACAACCCACCUCGCGCACACCCUCUCCCCGCUUAAAUCCCUCCGCCCCGUCGUCACCGGCCUGACCAUAACCGGCGCCACCGCCGCCUUCACCGCCGACCUGCUCUCCACGUUCACCACACGCCACAGCCAAACCGACAAGCACAAUCCCACCGCCUCCACCACCAGCACAUCCCAGCUGCUCGCCGCCAGUCCGGCUCGUCACCUGCAGUAUGGCGCUGGCGGUGCCGGCUGGAAUAUCCCCUCCUGGCGGGGCAGCGGGCGGUGGUGA